UGUGUGUGGAGGGGAGGACCAGCUCUCAGCAGUCGAGAGUCAUAUCUGCUGAGAGUCGGGACGGAGCAGACGUACAGAUGGACCAUUCAUAACAACUGCAGCAACAACGACAACUGCAGGACUGCAAUAUAAACACCUGGAGAAUACACUUCCCAUCAUGCAACACUCACACAGCAGCGUGGAGCUCAAGGGGGCCUCCCCGACACAUAGCUCCCCGAAGAGGACCCGGGCGGCGGGCUACGGGCCGUGCGGGAGACACGGCCAUGGUCUCUAUCCGCCGGAGAGAGUCUGUUUCUGGGCAGGGAUUCUACUGUGGGCCCUGGUCGCGCCAGGGGCCUGCCGUCUGACGGCUGAAAUGGAAGACACCAUUGUGGAGCUGCACAACUACUACCGAGGGCAGGUGUUCCCCGCGGCAACUGCGAUGAUGCCCCUGAAGUGGGACGCCAGCCUGCAGGGGCUAGCGGGGGGCUACGUGGAGCAGUGCACCUGGCAGCACAACCCCCAGCUGACCGACCACGGCGAGAACCUGUUUGUCACCGAGGGAGAGCUGGACAUCCAGGUGGCCCUGGAGCAGUGGUUUAUGGAACAUCUCAACUACAACUAUAACAACAACAGCUGCCAAGAGGAUAAGAUGUGUGGACACUACACACAGAUGGUGUGGGCUGACUCCCACAGGGUGGGCUGUGAGCUCCACUCCUGUGAUGUCAUGCAGGGUCUGGAGAUAGGCCCCUCCCAGUUCCUGGUCUGCAACUACUACCCUGCGGGUAACUAUGACGACCAGAAGCCGUAUGAGGAGGGAGACUGGUGCUCCAGGUGUCCUGGAGACCUCCAGAAGUGUCGGAACCAUAUGUGUGUUCCUGAUGUGGAGGACGAAGACGAGGACGAUGAGGACGAUGAAGACCAAACUCCUACCCCCUUUACUACAUAUCCUGGCGUUGUUUUGGUUACUGAAGCCUCGCCCCCACUGCCAUCACAAGACACGCCCCCAACGCCAUCGGAAGACACGCCAUCGGAAGACAAGCCAUCGGACGACACGCCAACGGAAGACACGCCAAUCGAAGACACGCCAACGGAGGACACGCCCCCAGAGUCCGACUCAUCCCCAGAGAACGUGGAGCUGCCUGCUCACCUGGCAGAGGAGGAGACAGUAGGGGAGGUGCCGAAAGAGGAGGAGGAGCAGGAAGACGGGGAACAGAAAGAGGAGGAGCCUAAAGAGGAGGAGCCAAAGGAGGAGGAGCCGAAAGAGGGGGAGGCAGUAGAGGAGGCGCAGAAGGAGGUGGAGAAGAAUGAGGCUGAGCAGAAGGAGCAGCCUAAACAGACAAAGCUGCUGAUAGAGACAAAAUGGGAGAAGACUAGAGAGACUCCAUCAUCAGGAGGUAGAGCUACUUCCUGCUGCCCAUAUGACAACUUCCUCUUGCUAUGUCUUGUCGGGGCGCUAGUAUUGAGGCUAUGAGGAGAGGAGAGGAGAGGAGAGGGGAGAGGAAAGUAGUUGAAUAAAUCAGUGUAGUUUAAUGAAUAAUUAAAAAAGACAGGAAUAAGAAAUGUCUGAUGUGUUUUAUAACUUUCAAUUUCUAUACUUUGAGACAUUUAUUUUUAAAAGUGUUCAUAUAAAAACGAAAACAGUAUGUUCUUAAGGUUAAACUGCUGAAGAAGUGUGUGUGAAUUGAGCUCUCAUCAUGAUCCCAUGGGCCUUGUUUACCAAGCAGCCAUCUUGGUAACUCAGUCUCACCAAGCUAGUUUAGAGCCAAGAUGGCUUCCAUGUCAAUCACUCUGCAGUGCAAUAGAGACGACAAACCUGCCAGUCUCCUUAUACCAGGAGGCAGGAGCUCAACUGGAAGUUAACUAGGAGUUAAACUAGGAGCUAACCUGGAAGUUAACUGGAAGAAAAACUAGUAGAUAAACUGGGAGUUAAACUGGAAAUUAUAGAAAAUAAACUGGAAGUUAAACAAGGCGCUAAACUUAGAGUUUAACUUUAGUUAAAGUUAUAGAUUACAUACUAAAAUCAUAUACUAAAAGAGACACACACACAUACACACACGCACACACACACACACACACACACACACACACACACACACACACACACACACGCGCACACACACACACACACACACACACACACACACACACACACACACACACACACACACACACACACACACACACACACACACACAUUAAAUUAAAUUAAAAUAAAUUCAGUCUUUAUUUCCUAAAAAUGCCAUCAAACAUUAAGUUAACAACCAGAUGGAAUUCCGGUAGAAAAUGACUUCUAGUAUCUAACUUUCUUGUUAUUCUGCCUUGAUAAUGAUUGGCUGACUGUUAAUCUGUCUUGAUAAUGAUAGGCUGAAUGUUAAUCUGUCCAACGGUUAUUGACUGAAUGUUAUUCUGUCUUGAUAAUGAUAGGCUGAAUGUUAAUCUGUUUGAUGGUGAUUCGCUGAAUGUGUGUGUGAAUAAAGACCAACCUGUGUCAACAGUC